AUGCGCUCCCGGUCCACCAUCUCCCUGUCUCUAGCCUUCCCCUUCCCCGUGGUGCUCCCGCUUGCUGUGCUCCCCCACAGACAGGACAUGCCGUCUUUCGGCCGCUCCAUCCUCACCGUCUGCCUUCCUCCUCAGCCCCGCCCCCGCCCCGCGCCCCCUUCCCGUUCCCGCGCACUCCCGGCGCCGCUCCACGCGGCCCCAUACCUGCGGCCCGAGCAGAGCUGGGAGGGCCUCCGCGUCCCGGCAGAUAAAGGGCGGCCGGGCAGAGGCCCCGCCCCGCGCCGGGGGAGGGCGGGCGGCCACCGCGGGUGUCCCAGGCUGCCGCCGCCUCCCGGGGCCCCACGCCCCCGCCUGAGCGUUGCGCAAGCAGCUCUCCCCACCACAUCCACGUGUUGCACGCGCAGGCGAGAGGGGUCGCCCGCACCAGCAACGACGGAGUCGUGGGACUUCCUGUGGUCACUGUGCAUUUGGGAAACGGAGGCCCAGAGAGCAGACGCGAUGGCCCAGGUUCCUCCGCUCAGCCGUGGGGCGGUGGAGGCUCCAGAUGAGGUUUCACUACUUCUGGACGACUGGAACCAGCAGCUCCAGCUCCUGGGCCUAGCUGACCUGGGAAAGAAGCUGGAGGCGUCCUGGGGUGUCCUGGGAUCAGGAGGAGACAUCAUAGGCCCCUGGCUGUGGAAAUGCAUCUGCCCCCAACAAGGGGGUCUGCGGGUGGGAGACCCUGCAGCAACUGUCUCCAGGGCAGUGGACACAAGAGUGCCCAGGUCACACGUUCUGGGUCCACCUCAGAUUUCAGCCUCAGCAGUGGAGGACAGUGCCCCGGAUGUGGACCCCAGCCCCACCCCAAGCACCCAGCGUGCAUCCCUCCACUUUCCUGCCUCAGGGCUCUCUGAAGCUGUGGGGGCUGCUCAGCCUGCUGGUUUGGAUGCAGACCAGAGGUGCAGGCAGUUAACAUGCUGGGAACAGUCCUUGUCCAGUGGUGUCUGA